AUGGAAGAGCCAUGGAUCCGGACUCUGCAGAGACUCUUCUAUCCCAUUAUGUGUGUGUUUGGGAUACCAGCCAGUCUGGUGACCAUGGCCGUACUGUGGAGAGGAAGCCUCGACAUGACCAAGUCCAUUGUUUAUUACCUGGUGGCAUUAGCUCUGGCCAAUCUGCUCCUCAUCCUGGUGGUGACGAUCUUCCGGGAUAUCUUCUACUUCUACGUGGACAUCACACUGUGGUGGCCGCAACCUUCCUGUGGUGUCAGUAACUGGAUCUACUUCACCUGUGUCUACUCCCUGACGUGGCUCACGGUGGCUUUCUCUGUUGACCGUUAUGUCAUCGUAUGUUGCAUGAAGCUGAAACUCCGGUUCUGCAAGCCCUCCGUCACGCGAUGGGUCAUCGUUGGUGUAUAUGUUGGCGCCUUCCUGGUGGCAAUGCCUACAUUCUGGAUGUAUGUACCUGUUCUGACUACUCGGCCAGAUGGAAGCGUCUUCCACAUUUGCAGCCUCCAUCGCAACCUGAGCUCAAUUCCUUUCCUGUCGGUUUAUGACCACAUCCAGACGACGGUUUGGAUAAUCCUUCCUCUCAUCUCACUGGUUCUGACCAAUGGCCUGACAGUCUGGUACAUCACAAUAACCACCAGAACACGACAGAGCCUGAAGGUGGGUUCUGCCGGCAACCAAGGUGAUGACCCAGAGGUGGGGCGCAGAAAGAAGUCCGUGACUCUGCUUGCCAUGAUUUCUCUCUCAUUCCUCGGCCACUGGCUGCCCAAAAUGGUCGUCAAGGUGAUAGAACGAUUCACCUAUCCGCCCGUCAACCGCUACGACUUCUACCACCCGGUGAAUGUGACGAGAAUGUUGUGCAAUAUGCUGAUUGUCUUCAGCUCCUUCAGCAACGUCUGCAUCUACUCACUCACCAUCACUAAGUUCAGGCAGGAACUGUUCCGCGGAGCCAAGCUCAUCCUCUACUCACUGUUCCACGGCCCACGCUCACCCUUCCCCCAUGACAAACCCAUUCAUGUGUUCACCAUCUAA